CUACACUGUUUUCUCACUCCCGCUGUGUCAACUUCACUCUGUUGUGUCUCAUAAUAACCGGUGGUUUUUUACGAUGCACACACUUUUCGGGGAUCAGAACUACUACCGGAGCUAUGGAGCAGGAUACCCAAGUUACGACGGCUACCGCUACGGUUACCCAGGCGGCUAUGGAGCCCAACAGGUACAUCACCAUCCCAGUAAAGAUAUGGUUAAACCUCCUUAUUCCUACAUUGCACUAAUCGCCAUGGCCAUCCAGAACGCUCCGGAGAAGAGGUGCACGCUCAACGGAAUUUACCAAUUUAUCAUGGAGCGUUUCCCGUAUUACAGAGAAAACAAGCAAGGCUGGCAAAAUUCGAUUAGACAUAACCUAUCUCUCAACGAGUGUUUCGUAAAAGUUCCGCGGGACGACAAAAAACCUGGCAAAGGAAGCUACUGGACCCUGGAUCCGGACAGUUACAACAUGUUUGACAAUGGAUCCUACUUGAGGAGGCGGCGGCGCUUCAAGAAGAAAGAUGCUCUCAGAGAGAAAGAGGAGAAUCUGAAGAGACAGCAGGAAAUGAUCAAGCGGCCGGAGGAGAAGAAAGAAAAAGAAGUGAAACCGAAGAGAGAGCCGGUUCUGAGUCCUUGUUCCAAGUAUCAAGACGUGAAGUCCGAACAGUACGACUUCAGCGUCGACUCUUUGGUGCCGUAUCCUGGUCGUAUCCAGGGACCUUCAACUUCGAUGUACGGCUAUUGCCAAUAUGAAGACCCGGCCUACAGGGGGUGGUAUCCGGAACAGGAGAUCUUCGAGGCGAACCCUUCCUGCCAGCUCGGAUUCCGCCCAGCUGCACAGUACUACCAACACUGACAGGUGGAGACGGGCAGCAGAGAGCACCUGCUGAGCCAGCACAUACGCCCUGAAAUCUCACAAACGCCACAUACUUAUUGUGAUUAGCAUUUUGUCGGUAAUCUAGAUGUAUGUUAUGAUGUGUUAGCCUGUCAAGAAGUUAAUAGGUUCUGUACCUCUCAUCACCUGCUAGGAUAGACGAAGCAGCUAUAGUGGUUUUUCGGUAUCAAUUCUAAAUUUGCAACAGGCGGUCAGUUCGACCUCCAUCACGAUUUUUAGUGUGCUAGAUUUUUACAUCAUUUGUGUUUAAUGUAGUUGAUAUCUAUUCAGAAUAUGAAUUGAAGUUUAUUAGUGUGUUCCAUUCGUGUACUGUGUAUACAAGGAACGGUCUUUUCUCAGUCAUUAUUUGUAGGCGACUUAUGAUAAGUAUUACGUCCAUUUAUAUGAGUCUUUUUUUAUGAUUAUUGUACAUAGGGUAACUCCAGUCAGGAGUAGCGAUAACCUACAUAUAUAAAUUUAUAUAUAAAUAUAUAAAAAAUAAUAAUUAUUAUUGUAUAAAUAUUGCAAAAGACUGUAAAUAUGAAUGUAUAUUAUUUGUAUAUUUGUAGUGGUAUAUCAGUGUGUUAUAUAUUUGUAUUGCGAAUAAUAUUCCAUAGGUUGUGAUUUGUAAUAUAAUGAUAAAGAAAAUAAUAUAUAGUUUUUGAGUUUUAUUAUUUUAUAUUAUUUACUCAAGUAUCAAAGUAUGCUUAUGUAAUUUAAAAUUUAUUGAAUAAAUUAGAAUGAAA